ACCUCGGUGCUGUCAAAGACAAGAGACAGAGGUGGGACGCCGGGGAUGGAGUGUAUGAAAUUAACAAUAUUUGGAAACCGAUUAUCGCUGGUGUGAACGAACGAAUUCCAGACUACGCUGUAAAUGUCCGAGAAACCGAGAGCCCAGUAUGAGGAAAGCAACCAGGGCAGUGGCAGGCGUCUCCAAAGCGACAGUCACCAAGGCCCAGACCGUUGAGAAAGUCACAGUCACCAAGGCCCAGACCGUUGAGAAAGUCAAGCCUGAGGGCACCACCACCACCAUGGGCACAGCCGGCAAGAUUACAGCCAAGACCUCUGCCACCGCGCCACUGUCUAAGGCGAAGAGCAAUGAUGACCUUCCAUCAGUAACAACAGCUGGGAGCAGCACUAUUCCCAAGGCGAAGAAGACGAGCUCUGUCCACUCUUCAAACUCCUCCACUUCAGGUACCAGUAACCCAGAGGGCAAGACAAAGACCAACUCCGGCAAGCGUGGGACCUCCUCCGUGGUGAAGGAGCUUGGUUCAUCCCGGGAGGGACUGCGGGAACGCUCCAGAACUUGCACCACCAGCAGGAAGCUCUCCGGACCCUCCGAUGCCUUGUCACUGCCCAAGAGAGUCCGCUGCCGGACUGUGACUGAAUCUGAGUCCCGUAUGAGCAAGUCCAGGUCGAACGGGCAGCUCAGCGACAAGACGGUCCUGGAGAGCAGGGUGAAGGACCUGCUGGGCCUGGCCAAGAGCAAAGACGUGGAGAUCCUCCACCUGCGCACAGAGCUCCGGGGCAUCCGUGUCCAGCUAGGCCUGCCCGAGGAGGAGGAGGAAGAGGAUGGGGGGAGCAGAGCCAGAGAGGAAGGCGAGGGAGAGGAGACUGCUGAGGUUAAGCCUCCACAGGACCAGUCGAAGGAAGCCCCUCCUCCUCUCAUCUCUGCAGACGUGGAAUCCACCCUGCUCUUGCUACAGGACCAGAACCAGGGGAUCCGCGGAGAGCUGAACAUGCUGAAGAGUGAGAACCGCAUGCUAAAGGACCGGCUCAACGCCCUGGGUUUCUCCCUGGAGCAGAGGCUGGACAGCCCCCUAAAGACCCUGCAAGGCCCCUGCCUUAGCUCGGACCUUCCCCCAGGCCGCGAUGGCAGUUAUGGAGAUGGAGGGUGCCCACGGGCCUCUUUUUUACAUGAGGUCUCCCCUCACAGCUCUGCCUGCGGCUCUACUGAAGACCUUCUUGACCCCCGGCGAGUCAUCUCCCCUGAGGCGGCCGACAGCGAAUGCAGCGAAGCCUACCAGCCAAUCACCUACCAGCCAAUCACCUACCAGCCAAUCACCUCCAGCGAUGAUGCCCUGGAUGCCCCCUCUGGUUCUGCCUCUGCCUGCGGCUCCUCCUCCGAGUCAGAGGGCGGGCCACCGAGUCACGGCGAACGCUCCCGUAGAGGCAGUAGUGGCAACACCAGCGAGGUGUCGGUGGCCUGUCUAACGGAGCGCAUUCACCAGAUGGAGGAGAACCAGCACUGCACCUCUGAGGAGCUCCAGGCCACACUACAGGAGCUGGCUGAUCUGCAGCAGAUUACCCAGGAACUGAGCACAGAGAAUGAGCGACUGGGCGAGGAGCGGACCAUCCUGGUGGAUUCCCUGUGCCAGCAGGGCGACCGGCUGGAGCUUUACUGCCGGCAGAUGGACUACUUCCGGGGCCUGCUGGAUGAGCACCGCGUGGCGUACGCCCCGGCCGACGAGGAGGACACUAAGAGCGGGCGCUACCUGGAGCUGGAGCACUGCUACGUGGACCUGACGCAGGGCGCCCACUUCGAGAGGGAGCAGCUGCUGGGGGUGCAGCAGCACCUGAGCGGGGCGCUGAAAAUGGCAGAGCAGGACAACGCCGAGGCCCAGGGCCUCAUCUCAGCGCUGAAGGAACGGGUGCACAUGGCAGAGCGGCAGGCUGAUAUGGAGCGCAGGGAAAGAGCGAUGGCGGCCGCAGAGCUGGAGGCCACGAGGGAGGCGGCUGGGGGGGAGCAGGCGGAGCUGGCUCGGUGCAGAGUCCAGCUGGAGCAGGAGAGGCAGAGGGUGGCUGAGCUCUACUCCAUCCACAAUGCCGGGGACAAGACGGACAUCCGCCACCUGCUGGAGAGCGAGAGGAGGGACAAGGAGAGGGCAGAGGCUGAGUCUGUUCAGCUGCAGGAGGACCUGGACCAUACCCACGAUGAGGCCGCCAGGCUACAGGACGGCAUCCGCAAGCUGGAGGAGGACUUCCGUGCGUUCCGUGGCGAGGUGCAGAAGCAGUUGGCUGAGCAGAAGCGGGCCCUGGCCCAGCAGUGUUCUGAGCUGGAGGAAAGGGACACAGAGGUCUCUGACAUGAAGGAGACCAUUUUUGAGCUGGAGGACGAGGUGGAGCAACACCGAGCCCUCAAACUCCACGAUAACCUCAUGAUCACAGACCUGGAGAACUCCGUCAAAAAACUACAGGACCAAAAACAUGACAUGGAGCGUGAGAUCAAGAUUCUGCACCGAAAGCUACGGGAGGAGUCUAUGGAGUGGCGUCAGUUCCAGGCCGACCUGCAGACGGCGGUGGUCAUCGCCAACGACAUCAAGUCCGAGGCUCAGGAGGAGAUCGGGGACCUGCGUCGCCGCCUACUGGACACACAGGAGAAGAACGAGAAGAUGAGCAAAGAGCUGGAGGAGCUCAAGAAGCAGGAUGAAGAGAGGGGCAGGGUGUAUAACUACAUGAAUGCAGUUGAGAGGGACCUAGCUGCCCUGAGGCAGGGCAUGGGUCUCAGUCGACUCUCCUCUACCUCCUCUGAGCCCUCUCCAACCGUUAAGACCCUCAUCAAAAACUUUGACAACGCCUCCACUGCAGGCCCUGUCCCAACCUCCCCCACAGCAGCCGUGCCAGCAGUUACCACGAUGGUUGCCCGUACACCCCUCAGCCCCAGUCCUCUGAAAACCCCACCUGCUGCUGCUAUCUCUCCCAUACAGAGGCACACUGCGUCGGCCCCCAAACCCCUGUCCUCCAUGGUGGAUAAAAGGUCCAGCUACACAGACCUCAAUAUGCCAGCAGAUCACCUGUUCCGGUCCUCCUCUGGGACCCGCACCCCCUCUGCCCUUCAGAGGGCCCCCAACAUGGACUCCUCCUCCAAGUCCCUCUCAGUGUCUCGCAGGAGCAGUGAGGAGCUGAAGAGAGACAUGUCUUCCUUAGAGAACACCUCCUCCCCUGCAGCCUCCUCCCCCACCGCCUCAGUCCCCCCCUCCACAAGGGGACGCUUACGGGAGGGGAGAAAAGACGCCCUGUCUGCACUGGCCAGGGAGUACGGGGGAUCCAAGAGGAACGCCCUGCUCAAGUGGUGCCAGAAGAAGACUGAAGGAUACCAGAACGUUGACAUCACCAACUUCAGCAGCAGCUGGAACGACGGGCUGGCCUUCUGUGCUGUUCUCCACACCUACCUGCCUGCCCACAUCCCCUACCUGGAGCUCUCCAGCCAGGACAAGAAGGAGAAUUUCACACUGGCUUUCCAGGCCGCGGAAAGUGUCGGGAUCAAGUCCACGUUGGACAUUGGAGAGAUGGUGUACACAGAGAGACCUGACUGGCAGAGUGUGAUGACCUACGUCACGGCCAUCUACAAGUACUUUGAGACGUGACCCAUCUUCAAGCCUGAACACCUCGCUGCCCCGCCCACCCCAGACCACAUUUCCAGCCAGGGCUGUCAUCGCAACACUGGACAACCUUAGAGCAACAUCAGCUAAUGCUACCUGCAAAGACUUCUGGGACCCUGAGUUGUACAUUUUAAGAGCUAUCACUUAACUCCAUCCAGUAUGUUCCAUGUGUACGCUGCAAUGUUCCACAAAUUCUUGGCUUGGGACGCUCAUGUGGUUUCUCAGCGAGACUGAAACCCUCGAAGACUAUGUUAUGGAUAGACUGAGGCACUGGGUAUUGGACAAUGUGUUGACCAGGCCCCCCAUCUGUCAUUCAAAUUCCCUUGGAUCAGUGACUUCCUGUAUACUCAAGUCUUUUGACCUCUUGACCCCAGCCCUAUGUGAACUCUGCGCUGUCUGCAGUAGCCUAUAAUAACACCAUGAUCACCUCCAACACUACACUUCAAGUUGGGUAGUACAUGUUUAGCGAGCUGAAAAAUAAUGUGGGUAUAGUUUUUAUGAUUUGGAAUACUGCAGAGAACAGCGUUUUAAACAUUGGUUUGCCCAUUUUGUCCGAGCAAUGACUUUAAUGGUAAGUGUGCCUUACCUGAUAGAGGGUCCAGCUUAACUGUCACGGUAGGUGUUGUCUAUUGUUUUAGCCUGAUGCUUUGCUGUGAUAUAUUUAUAUAUAUAUAUUCCAAAGAGAUAAUGUACACAUUUGGCAGAUGAUAUCUUGAACUUCACAAUAAUCAGUGCCAUGUUAGUCUCUUGUUUGCCAUAAUUGGCCAAUACAAUAAGCAUUGACCAUUAGUAACAGACGCCAAUCGCCUUUGACACCAUUUACAUUUUGUUAUGUUUUCUCAGUCGAGCAGUCUGUUGUGUCCAAACUCUGCAAAACUGAUGGUUGGCCAUCAUGGCCAGUCUCUGGGUGUAUAGUGAGGUCAGUUGCCCUGUAGCACACCAAUCCAUAAAUAGGCUGAACAACACAGGGAGCUGACCUGCUAAGCUAACAGUUUUGUCAUUACGGUAAAGGCAACCCUUACUGGUCCACAAAUCCUCACUGGUUUCAAAGCACAACGAGGGGAGGCUCUUUACUCAAAUGGAAUGUGUUUAAACCUUCAUCAUUGCCAUGAAAAACACUUUGAUGUUUUCAAAGGGUGAUUCCUCAUGAAACCAGGACAAAACAAUAGACUGCUUUUGGGGAUUUUCAUGACAUGUGUUCCAUAGAAUGGUCCUUUGGAGGAAAGUAUUCAGACCCCUUCACUUUUUCCACAUUUUGUUACGUUACAGCCUCAUUCUAAAUUGAUUUAAAUAGUUGUUUAUUUCUACACACAAUACUCCAUAAUUACAAUGCAAAAACUGGUGUUGUAGAAAUUUUUGCUAGUUUGUUAAAAAAUAAAAACUGAUCACAUUUACAGAAGUAUUCAGACCCUUUACUCAGUAUUUUGUUGAAGUAUGUUUGGCAGCGAUUACAGCCUUGAGUCUUCUUGGGUAUGACGUGACAAGCUUGGCACACCUGUAUUUGAGGAGUUUCUCCCAUUCUUCUCUGCAGAUCCUCUCAAGCUCUGUCAGCUUGGAUAGGGAGCAUCGCUGCCCAGCUAUUUUCAGGUCUCCAGAGAUGUUAGAUCGGGUUCAAGUCCGGGCUCUGGCUGGGCCACUCAAGGACAUUCAGAGACUUGUCCCAAAGCCACUCCUGCGUUGUCUUGGCUGCGUGCUUAGGGUCAUUGUCCUGUUGGAAGGUGAACCUUCGCCACAGUCUGAGGUCCUGAGCCAUCUGGAGCAGGUUUUCAUCAAGGAUCUCUCUGUGCUUUGCUCCGUUCAUCUUUGCCUCUGUCCUGACUAGUCUCCCAGUCCCUGCCGCGGAAAAACAUCCCCACAGCAUGAUAGGGAUGGUGCCAGGUUUCCUCCAGACACUUGCAUUCAGGCCAAAGAGUUUAAUCUUGGUUUCAUCUGACCAGAGAAUCUUGUUUCCUUUUUAGGUGCCUUUUUGGCAAACUCCAAGUGGGCUGUCAUGUGCUUUUUACUGAGGAGUGGCUUCCGUCUGGCCACUACCAUCUUCACAGAGGAACUCUUGGGCUCUGUCAGAGUGACCAUUGGGUUCUUCGUCACCUUCCUGACCAAGGCCCUUCUCCCCCGAUUGCUCAGUUUAGCGCUAGGAUGAGGCUUGUUGGUUCCAAACUUCUUCCAUUUUUAAGAAUGAUUGAGGCCACUGUUCUUGGGGACCAGAAAUGUUUUUAUAACUUUCCCUAGAUUUGUGCCUCGAUUACAAUCAUGUCUCGGAGCUCUACGGACAAUUCCCUCGACCUCAUGGCUUGGUGUUUGCGUUGACAUGCACUGUCAACUGUGGGACCUUUUAUAUUGUGUUCAAUCAAUUGAAUUUACCACAGGUGGACUCCAAUGAAGUUGUAGAAACAUCUCAAUGAUGAUCAAUGGAAACAGGAUGCACCUGAACUAUAUUUUUGGGUCUCAUAGCAAAGGGUCUGAAUACUUAUGUAAAGGUAUUUUUGAUAAAUUAGCAAACAAGUCUAAACUUGUUUUUGCUUUGUCAUUAUGGGAUAUUGUGUGUAGAUUUCUGAGGGUAUUGUUUUUAUCUAUUUUAUAAAGGCUGUAACAUAACAAAAUGUUGAAGUCAAGGGGUCUGAAUACUUUGAAGACACUGUCAUUUAGCAUCUAAAAGCAUAAUUGAGAAAUAAUUAAUCAAAGUUGUCCUAUUUCUGGCAUGUUGGCCUUACCCAGGCCUCCAAGUCUCCAUGAUGUUUGAUCUGUAGGUGCUACAAAGCAAACAUUUGUCAUAUGAAGCUUUACUGCUUGCUCUGUAAUAUGAGUAGUAUUUUGAAUUCAAUAAUUUCUUACAUUAUUUAUGAAUAUUUAAAAAUGUAAACAUGAAAAUAUAAAAAAUGUGAUUUGCCUAUUACCUGCGCAUAUCAAAGUCCCAGAGUGGGAUCGCUGCUGCUUUUAGGGUUGCAGGAUUUUCAAUGAUACAAGUAAAAGGAGGGCUGUGAUUGGUUAUAUUGCCCACUGUGCCAAUUUCUCUGUUUAAAAUGGGCCAUUACAUUUUUACAUUUGUUUUAUAUUCAUUAAAUUAAAAUUGUUAUUGAAAUCAAAACACAUUUCAGAGCAAGCUGUAUUUUUUAAAAUAUAUUUUUUAAAACAUUUAUUGAACUCGGCAAGUCAGUUAAGAACAAAUUCUUAUUUACAAUGCUGGCCAAACCCGGACAACGCUGGGCCAAUUGUGCGCCGGCCUAUGGGACUCCAAAACACGGCCCGUUGUGAUAGCGGUAAAGCUUCAUUUGUGUCACCUACAUAUGAAACAUUAUGGAGUCUUAAAAGAGGCCUGCCUGGGUAAGGCUAAAAUGCCAACUUUGAUAAAUGAUUUUCUCAAUUAUAGUUUUACAAUACAUUUCAUGAAAAUCCCCAAAAAAUCAUGGUAGCUUUUUGUUCUGGUUUCGUGAGGAAUUACCCCAAAAACAUUUGGUAUCGUACACAGUAAAUCUCUUUCCUCCAGCACAGUGAAAUCAAAUUAGCUAGGUAUGUUCCCAUGCAUUGGGAAAUCUUCAAUUGUUUUGAGGUUGGAAAGUAUACAACUGUGUGUGUGUGUGUGUGUGUGUGUGUGUGUGUGUGUGUGUGUGUGUGUGUGUGUGUUUUAGUUUACAUACACCUUAGCCAAAUACAUUUAAACUCAGUUUUUCACAAUUCCUGACACUUAAUCCUUGUAAAAAUUCCCUGUCUUAGGUCAGUUAGGAUCACCACUUUAUUUUAAGAAUGUGAAAUGUCAGAAUAAUAGUAUAGAGAUUUAUUUAAGCUUUUCAGAAGUUUACAUACACUCAAUUAGUAUUUGGUAGCGUUGCCUUUCAAUUGUUUAACUUGGAUCAAAUGUUUUGGGGAGCCUUCCACAAGCUUCCCACAAUAAGUUGGGUGAAUUUUGGCCCAUUCCUCCUGAGCUGGUGUAACUGAGUCAGGUUUGUAGGCCUCCUUCCUUGCACUUGCUUUUUCACUUCUACCCACACAGUUUCUAUAGGAUUGAGGUCAGGGCUUUGUGAUGGCCACUCCAAUACCUUGACUUUGUUGUCCUAAAGCCAUUUUGCCACAACUUUGGAAGUAUGUUUGGGGUCAUUGUCCAUUUGGAAGACCCAUUUGCGACCAAGCUUUAACUUCCUGGCUGAUGUCAAGAGAUGUUGCUUCAAUAUAUCCACAUAAUUUUCCUACCUCAUGAUGCCAUCUAUUUUGUGAAGUGCACCCUCCUGCAGCAAAGCACCCCCACAACAUGAUGCUGCCACCCCCGUGCUUCACGGUUGGGAUGGUGUUCUUCGGCUUGCAAGCAUCCCCCUUUUUCCUCCAAACAUAACAAUGGUCAUUAAGGCCAAAGAGUUCUAUUUUUGUUUCAUCAGACCAGAAGACAUUUCUCCAAAAAGUGCAGUUGCAAACCGUAGUCUGGCUUUUUUAUGGCAGUUUUGGAGCAGUGGCUUCUUCCUUACUGUGCGGCCUUUCAGGUUAUGUCGAUAUAGGACUCAUUUUUACUGUGGAUAUAGAAAAUGUUGUACCGGUUUCCUCCAGCAUUUUCACAAGGUCCUUUGCUGUUGUUCUGGGAUUGAUUUGCAAUUUUUGUACCAAAGUACAUUCAUCUCUAGGAGACAGAAUGCGUCUCCUUCCUGAGCGGUAUGACGGCUGCGUGGUCCCAUGGUGUUUAUACUUGAGUACUAUUGUUUGUACAGAUGAACGUGGUUCCUUCAGGUACCACCAUUUGGAAAUUGCUCCCAAGGAUGAACCAGACUUGUGGAGGUCUACCAUUAUUUUUCUGAGGUCUUGGCUGAUUUCUUUUGAUUUUCCCAUGAUGUCAAGCAAAGAGGGACUGAGUUUGAAGGUACACCUCCAAUUGACUCAAAUUAUGUCAAUUAGCCUAUCAGAAGCUUCCAAAGCCAUGACAUAAUUUUCUGGAAUUUUCCAAGCUGUUUAAAGGCACAGUCAACUUAGUGUAUGUAAACUUCUGACCCACUGGAAUUGUGAUACAGUGAAUUAUAAGUGAAAUCUGUCUAAAUUAUUGUUAGAAAAAUAACUUGUGUCAUACAUAAAGUAGAUGUCCUAACCGACUUGCCAAAACGAUAGUUUGUUAACAAGACAUUUUUUGGAGUGGUUGAAAAACGAUGACGCAUUUAGUUUGGAAUGUGAACUUCUGACUUCAAAUGUGUGUGAGAGAACUUAUGAGUGGUGUUUUUGGUACAUUCCAAUAGUCUCCUUAUCCUAAGAUUCCAUGUGAAUAAUUCACAACAUUCUGUCGUUGCUCAUAAAGGCGUCUGUUAAGGUUGCCUGACUCCUGCUAAGAUGAGCUACACUCAUUGAAUAGGUACUGGUCAUUGCAAGGAUUCAAGGAUAAUAUAUUUAAAUAUAUUAGGUACCAGUCAAAAGUUUGGACACACCUACUCAUUCAAGGUUUUUUAUUUAUUUGUACUAUUUUCUACAUUGUAGAAUAAUAGUGGUCAAAAUAGCCCUUACACAACCUGGAGGUGUGUUGGGUCAUUGUCCUGUUGAAAAACUCAUUCUAGUCCCACUAAGCGCAAACCAGAUGGGAAGGCGUAUCGCUGCAGAACGUUGUGAUAGCUAUGCUGGUUAAUCAAAUCAAAUGUAUUUAUAAAGCUUCUCUUACAUCAGGUGAUAUCUCAAAGUGCUGUACAGAAACCCAGCCUAAAACCCCAAACAGCAAGCAAUGCAGGUGGAGAAGAACGGUGGCUAGGGAAAAACUCCUUAGAAAGACCAAAACAUAGAGAGGAACCAAGCUAUAAGGGGUGGCCAGUCCUCUUCUUGUUGUGGCGGGUGGAGAUUAUAACAGAACAUGGCCAAGAUGUUCAAAUGUUCAUAAAUGACCAGCAGGGUAAAAUAAUAAUAAUCACAGUAGUUGUCGAGGAUACAGCAGGUCAGCACCUCAGGAGUAAAUGUCAGUUGGCUUUUCAUAGCCGAUCAUUAAGAGUAUCUCUACAGCUCCUGCUGUCUCUAGGGAGUUGAAAACAGCAGGUCUGGGACAGGUAGCACGUCCGGUGAACAGGUCAGGGUUCCAUAGCCGCAGGCAGAACAGUACGUUUUUCUUGAAUCUAAAAUAAUCACAACAGGGUCACCAGCAAAGCACCAUCACACCUCCUCCUCCAUGCUUCAAAGGUACACCUGUUAAUUGAAUUGCAUUCCAGCUCAUGAUGCUGGUUGAGAGAAUGCCAAGGGUCUGAAAAGCUGUUAUUAAGGCAAAGUGUGGCAACUUUUUGAAGAAUCUCAAAUAUAAAAUGUGUUUUGAUUUGUUUAACAUUUUUGUUUGUUACUACAUGAUUCCAUAUGUGUUAUUACAUAGUUUUGAUGUCUUCACUAUCAUUCUACAAUGUAUAAAAUAGUACAAAUAAAGAAAACCCUUGAAUGAG